AUGUCAGCCGUCUCGAUCUUCUGGAUGCCUGCACUCAGCAUGGAGAGCUAUGAGCAAGCUUGUGUGGCUAUUGCUGCUGCUCUGCACAUCAGUCAGGUGGAGACGGGCAAAGAUAACGCAAAAGAGCUGGUGAAAGAGCAUCUGAGUGCGGAUCAGGCUGGCCCGUGGCUGCUUGUGCUCGAUAAUGCAGAUGAUCACGACAUCUUGUAUGGGACCGAGCAUGUUGCGGGCAUCGUCGACUACCUACCAGAGAGCGAGAAGGGCAUAAGCAGACUAGAUGCCAUGAACUUUUUGGAGAAGUCUUUGAUUGGGAAAAAUCUUACUGAGGAACGCAAGGAGAUGGAAGAACUAUUGGACGAGUUAGCGUGCCUUCCUUUGGCCAUCGCCCAGGCUGCCGCGUACCUAAAUAUGAAUAGAACAUCUAUUACAAGGUAUCUGCGGCUGCUGAGACACACAGAGCAAGAUACCAUCAGUCUGAUGAGCAAAGAGUUCCGCGACCAAACACGCUACAAGGGCUCGGCGAACGCAGUGGUCUCGACUCCCCAACGCGGUAGAUCACGCGAGCGCACACCUAGACUGCCACCUCCACCUCCCGACGCGGGCUAUACUAUCUGGUAUCAUCGCAAAAAAUGCAACUUUAACUGUGGGCCGGAGUAUUUUGCGAGACCCCUCCAGUAUCCGGGACAUCUGACGAAGCAAUAUCACGCUGCUGAUGUCGUGUCUAUACGAUACUGUGACUUCUCCUCCGAUUCUCAAGCAAAGAUUGGAGAGAAAUUUACACUGUCUUCGCAAGGUAAAAUAUACGUCAAGGCAGAAGUCCCCUUCAUCUUUUUCCAUGUAGAGCCUGGCUAUGGCAUUGGCUGGAUGGGUCGCCGCGCGGGUAACCGCGGCUUGGCUUGGCCGACCCCAGUGGAGGAUCAUCCGAAGUACUUCGGGAUAGCGAACAGUGGCGAUCCCAAGGGACCCGCUGGAAACAGCAGUCCCCAUAAGCAACUAAAAAUUGUGCUAGGGAACGGAUCUGAGUCCCUUUUGUCGACGACUCAUAUCUUCGCUGGUGAGCUGGUAAAAGUCCCCAUCCCAUCAAGACGCAAGUACUGGGGCCGACUCACAGUCGAAAGUUAUUACCAGUUAUUCUGUCUGGAGGACUUCCUUACCGCAAGACCUCUAUCACCCAAUGCAAACCUAGAAUCGACCCCAACAGGUGUUGACUUGGAUAUUGAUGCGCUGAGAACAUUACAAACAGCAAAAGACUCUUUGGUGGCAGGGUGGACAGAACAACUUGCAACUCUCGCUGCCAGACAAACUUCCAUCAGCUACGAACAAUACGAAGUCUGGCACUGA